AAAUUUUUUUUGACUGUGCUUAAAUUUUUUUCUUUCUUUUUUCAUUCUUUCUUUUUUCUCUCCUCAGCUAACGUGCCAAAUCAAAUAUCAGCAGGGAAAAUCAUUUGAGAAGAAUUCUACAAGGCGCAUCCAAUGCUUAGCAGGACCACCCUGACAGAGAAAGGAAGACGAUGUUUCGGGAAGGCGAGGGUUCGGGGCAGCUGGGGCGGAGGUGGCCGUCCGCGCCACGGUGGCUUCUUGCGCUGCCCUAGGGGAAGAGGAUGGGCCUGAGGUCCGGGAAGAGCCUUCCCGAGCCCCCCACUUCCAAUGCUAGGAGGGAAAAGUUCCGAAGCAGCCUCGAGGGAACAAAAGCUUGAUUUGGGGCUGCUUGAACUGGACAGGAUAUUGAAGCAAGCCAGCCUGCUCGGAAGACAGGCAGGGGCUCCUGCUGGCUCGGCGGAGACCGGAGCAACCCUUGCCGCCGCCCUCGCCACCGCGCCGCCGCCGCGGCCCCUGCGUUACUGGGGGAGACGGUGCGGCUGCGACAGGGGAGGACGCGGCUGGAGCUGAAGGAGGCUCCAACGCGCAGGCGCCGCCGAGCCCUGCCUGGAUGCUCAGUCAAGGCACUCAGGAAAAAAAAAUCAGCAAUUUAUAGAAAGAAGAAGCUAUAGUCUGUCGGGAUAUCCAACACCAACAGGUAUUCUGAUGGCAAAUCAAAUGGAAGGAAAGAGGAAGCAUGACCACAGACUGGAUCAGAUCUCUUUGUGGAUUACAUUUUCAGAAAAAUGUAUGGAGUUAUUUCUCCCUUGUUCUUACAUCUAGACCAUGAGACUUGACUGAGGCUGUUUCUAUAUCCUCCAUCCAUCUAUGGCGAACUAUAGCCAUGCAGCUGACAACAUUUUGCAAAAUCUCUCGCCUCUAACAGCCUUUCUGAAACUGACUUCCUUGGGUUUCAUAAUAGGAGUCAGCGUGGUGGGCAACCUUCUGAUCUCCAUUUUGCUAGUGAAAGAUAAGACCUUGCACAGAGCUCCUUACUACUUCCUGCUGGAUCUGUGCUGUUCAGACAUCCUCAGGUCUGCUAUUUGUUUUCCAUUUGUAUUCAACUCUGUCAAAAAUGGCUCUACCUGGACUUACGGCACUUUGACUUGCAAAGUGAUUGCCUUCCUGGGGGUUUUGUCCUGUUUCCACACUGCGUUCAUGCUCUUCUGCAUCAGCGUCACCAGAUACUUAGCUAUCGCCCAUCACCGCUUCUAUACAAAGAGGCUGACCUUUUGGACGUGCUUGGCUGUGAUCUGCAUGGUGUGGACUCUGUCCGUGGCCAUGGCGUUCCCCCCAGUUUUAGACGUGGGUACCUACUCAUUCAUUAGGGAGGAGGAUCAAUGCACCUUCCAACACCGCUCCUUCAGGGCUAACGAUUCCCUAGGAUUUAUGCUGCUCCUCGCUCUCAUCCUCCUAGCCACACAGCUUGUCUACCUCAAGCUGAUAUUUUUUGUCCACGAUCGAAGGAAAAUGAAGCCAGUCCAGUUUGUAGCAGCAGUCAGCCAGAACUGGACCUUCCAUGGCCCCGGAGCCAGUGGCCAGGCAGCUGCCAAUUGGCUAGCAGGAUUUGGAAGGGGUCCCACACCGCCCACCUUGCUGGGCAUCAGGCAAAAUGCAAAUACCACAGGCAGAAGACGGCUGUUGGUCUUAGAUGAGUUCAAAAUGGAGAAAAGAAUCAGCAGAAUGUUCUAUAUAAUGACUUUUCUCUUCCUAACCUUGUGGGGUCCCUACCUGGUGGCCUGCUACUGGAGAGUUUUUGCAAGAGGGCCUGUGGUACCAGGGGGAUUUCUAACAGCUGCUGUCUGGAUGAGUUUCGCCCAAGCAGGAAUCAAUCCCUUUGUCUGCAUUUUCUCCAACAGGGAGCUGAGGCGCUGUUUCAGCACAACCCUUCUUUACUGCAGAAAAUCCAGGUUACCAAGGGAACCUUACUGUGUUAUAUGAGGGAGCAUCUGUAAAUCUUUAGCCUUGUGAAACACUAACCCUCUCUGCUAAAGCAAUUGCGGCCCUGUAGCCACGUCUUGAGAAGAAAAGCAAGGAUGGGCUCAGCAGUUAUAAGGAUCUGGGC